CUGCGGCCCGCGGCCCCGCGCGCGGGGGAAGUCCACAGGUUGGUCACCUACAUCUUUGUCUAUGAAGACCUGACCUCCUUGACCUGUGGUGCCAUCAUCAUCUGGUAUUUUGGUGGCAGCUUUGAGAAGAACUUUGGCACAGUGAAGCACUGCUUCCUCACCCUGGCCUUCGCCGUCCUCUCGGCCCUCUUGUUCCUCUUGCUUGGGACUGUUGUCUCCAGGGUGUCCCAGGUGGAAGAUGCCAAAGGGUUCCUGCCAGUGGCUUUUGCCAUGCUGGGGGUGUCCAGCACCCGCUCACAGGUGAAGAGGACUCUGUUCUUCGGGGUCAGGGUUCCAGUGGUGCUGGUGCCAUGGUUCCUGCUCUCUGUGGCCUGGUUUAUCCCCCACUCUUCUCUCCUGGGUAACCUGAGUGGGCUUCUGGUGGGGAAAGCCUAUGGGCUCAGCUGCUGUUCCUGCCUGGAUUUCCCGGAGUCUGUGGGCUCCAAGCUGGACCAUGUGUUCCCUUUCAGCCUGCUAAAGAGGAUUCCAGGGCUGAAAUACAUCCCAGGGGCCUUGGCAGAGAGAAGAGCCUUCGAAGGCAGCAAGAAGAUUAACGCUGUGCCAGGCACCUACCCCUCCCAAAGCUGCCACUGCCCUUUGCCUCCAGGUGUACUGACCCUCCAGAAAGCAGCAGGGCUCUGGUGCUGUGGCAGGACCCUGGUGUGCUGCUCGGGCAGCCGGCGGCACGGGCUGCUGACAGAGGUGCUGCAGGGGUAUGCAGCCUCCUUCAGAGACCCCAUGAUGCUGCAGCCCCCAGAGUGGUUUCAGGCCUUCAUGUACUGUGAAGCCUUCCUGCAGCUGCCGUUCUUCCCCGUGGCAGCCUACGCCUUCCUCAAAGGUGGCUGCAGGUGGAUCAGGACUCCUGCCAUUAUCUACUCCACCCACGUGGCUACAACUCUGUUUGCCAUCCUGGCACACAUCCUGUUCCACGACUUCUCCAAGUCGGAGCACCCGGGCCCCCGGACGCAGCGGGAGCGCCUGGUCCUGCUCUCCAUCUACCUGCCCUACCUGCUGGUGCCCCUGCUGCUGCUCUGCACCAUGCUCUGCCACCCCCACUACAACCAGGCAGAGAAGAGGAAACGGAAGUAG